AUGAAUGUCACACCACCCAUGGUCAAAUAAUAAAUUAUUUUCUAUUUUUAGUAACCUAGAACACUAGUAUGUUCUCUUCAGCUAUCUUCCAAUAGGUGACACUCAUUGAUGGUGUGGGAGGAAGAGAUAAAAGUAAUUAUUUUUCGAUUAAAGAAAUCCGUGCUUCUCUAUUUAAAUAUAUAUUUUUCUGAACCUCCCAAAAAGAUCAAAUAAGAGGCUUUCUAGAAGUGGAGAAAAUGAAAGCAAUAGCCUGAAAUGAACGUUGUGAUCAAUAUAAUGUGACCCAACAUUUCCCCUGAUCGCUUAAACUGCACUAUUUGAUUCUAUGCCACAUCAUCUGUUGACUCGGUUCUGAAUUUCUUGGUCCACAGUUGACCUAAAACAUUUUAUCAAUUUUCAUAUAAUCUACUUAGUUUUUCAUAUGAUAUAUAAAUUAAAUCAUGGGAUAUGGCUCGUCAAAAUGGAGAUUUAUUAGUAUGUCAAACCUUGGGAAGAUAUGCCCAAUAUUACAAUUAAUCUGGUAAAAUCCCACAAAUGGAUACCAAUCACACCAUUUAGAGCUAAAUGAGCGAACAUCUUCUUCCCAAAGGCGACAUAAUACAGGACACCAUAUGAAGCACAGCAACAACGAGGUGAACAACAGAACCAGAGGCAGCACAGACCGCACACACAGACCAAGAAGUCAACCUGCUCACAGAAACUGCAUGGAGAACGAAUGGUGGUGAACUGGAGAGAGAGAGAGAGAGAGGGAGAGAGAGAAAGGGGUCCUCAGGCUUCCACCACAUCCUCCUCUUCUUCUUCCUCAUACUCUUCGUCGGCGGUGGCGUCCUGGUACUGCUGGUACUCGGCGACGAGGUCGUUCAUGUUGCUCUCUGCCUCGGUGAACUCCAUCUCGUCCAUGCCCUCGCUGGUGUACCAGUGGAGGAAGGCCUUGCGGCGGUACAUGGCGGUGAACUGCUCGCUGACCCGCCGGAACAUCUCCUGGAUGGAGGUGGAGUUGCCGAUGAAGGUCGCCGCCAUCUUCAGGCCCCUGGGUGGGAUGUCACAGACACUGGAUUUGACAUUGUUGGGGAUCCAUUCCACAAAGUAGGAGGAAUUCUUGUUCUGCACGUUGAUCAUCUGCUCGUCCACCUCCUUGGUGCUCAUCUGGCCCCUGAACAUGGCAGAGGCGGUGAGGUAGCGGCCGUGGCGGGGGUCGGCGGCGCACAUCAUGUUCUUGGCGUCCCACAUCUGCUGGGUCAGCUCCGGCACAGUCAACGCCCGGUACUGCUGGGAUCCCCUGGAGGUCAACGGGGCAAAGCCCACCAUGAAGAAGUGCAGCCGGGGGAAGGGAAUCAGGUUCACGGCGAGCUUCCUCAGGUCCGAGUUGAGUUGCCCGGGGAAGCGCAAGCAGCAGGUGAUGCCGCUCAUGGUGGCCGAGAUGAGGUGGUUCAGGUCGCCAACUGGAUUUCAGGGAAGAUGUCAAUCCCAAAAAAGGAAAGAAUUCGCACAUCUUGGGAGAAAACUCUAAGAUCAUAUAUCAAUAUAUCUAUGCGUUGACCAUGUAUUCUGGCGGGGGUUUAAAUAAUGAUGAUCAAAAGACGAUGAACCCAAUGGUACACAUAGGUAGUAUAACAUUACUAAUAACGACGAACCCAAUGGUUUCAGGACGACAAAAGUCAACUGUUGAUUGCUUAGAGAUGACUGAUGAAAAGUCAACGGUAUGACCCAGUAAAAGGAGAGAGGAACCAGAGGGAAGAAGGAAUGAUGGACUCACAGGUGGGCGUGGCAAGCUUGAGGGUGCGGAAGCAGAUGUCGUAGAGAGCUUCGUUGUCAAGGACCACACAUUCAUCGGCGUUCUCCACGAGCUGGUGAACUGAGAGAGUGGCGUUGUAGGGCUCCACAACAGUGUCAGAGACCUUGGGGGAAGGGAAGACUGAGAAUGUCAGCAUCAUCCGGUCUGGGUACUCCUCCCUGAUCUUCGAGAUCAGCAGGGUUCCCAUUCCUGACCCGGUUCCUCCUCCCAGGGAAUGGCAAACCUGGAAUCCUGGACACACAGGGAAGAUAAUUAACUAAAAAAUAUUAUGUGGAGUCGAUUUAUACUUAAAUUUGGAAAUAAUAUGUUCCUGGCUGGUAAUAAUAACCUCCGAGAAAAAUAAGGAUGAAUCUCAGACUUUGAUCUCUGACGCCUGAGAUCAUCUGUGACUUAUCGUGAAGCUGAGAUAUAGGGUUACGAGAAAACAUAUUAUUUGAAUAAAAAUAAAUAAGUAAAUGCAUAUAUAUAUGUAUAUAAAAGGGUGUCAAUGAAACCCUUUUUCUGUAAAAGGGGUUAAAGAAUUAAAAAAUAAAACCAUGUAAAAAUUCAUGUCAGGGAUUAACAGUAAGCUGAUAGUUUAGAACAUUUCAUAUAUUUAUAAAAAAAAACAUUGCAAGUAACUUCAUUUUUUAUGGUGAAGAUGAAUCUUGAGGACGGCUCUACACAGAAGUGACUUCAAUCAAAACGCAUGGAUAAGCAGAUCAUUCCUGGGAGGACAAGAUAUGAGAAAGUAAUAGUGCAUGCUGUGUGCAAGAUUUACAGAACAAGAAAUAAUAAGAGGAAAAUUGGAAAGGCAAGAUAUGUGGAAGAAGUGGGACGUUGAAUGAAUGACUUGUAAACAAUAACUAAUGAUCGUAUAAAAGAUGUUGCACUGAACUGUGGGCAGACAAACCCACUUCAACCUUUUUUUUUCUAAAGACUGUCAAGAAGAUAGCUUCAGAUCAAAGUCCCAGAGAUGGAACUUGGCGCCUCACAAGUAAUUUAUUAGUCCUGAACUUGGGAUCUUGACGAAGAGCUCGAGAAGAGAACGGAUCUUGGAGCUAAGAUAUCAUAUUGUGUAAUCCGCAGUCCAAAAUUCAGUCAAAGUUGACCUGAUUGUAUCUAAUAGAGAAAAAAAAAAAAAUGGUAACAUGCUCGCCUUCGUUGGACCUAACAGAUCCAGCAGCAAGGACGACUGAAAGAGGAUGAUCAUGCAAGAAAAACUCAAAAAUUCCUGCAGUCCCGUCCUUUUUUUCUGGCGGAGAUUCACGCAUUUAGAAACAUAAUUUAUCGAACGCUAAAAAUCCUCAGUGAAAACGUUGUUCUAAGUCCUCAACAGCAACGACUGACGUGUGCUGGUAUGAGAAAGUACAUUUCAUUUAUUUCUUGGACGAUAGGGCUCGGAAGCACAGGCAGAAGAAAUGAGAUCUUAGAGAAUUCGACGGAGAUUCUUAUUUACUUACAGAAGAAUCCAAGGUACGGUAAAAGAAAAAUUGGGUUGGGGCGAGGGAAGAUUCAAGCGUACUCCGAAAAUGCCGGAACGUCUGAUGGCGAUUGCUGGAUUUCCGAAUGUAAAACGACUCGGAAGGAGGAAGCAGAGAUAGGAGGAUUCGGGGGAACCAGGCAUUCGCGGAUUCAGAUAAAUUUUUACCUUGAAGGCAGUCGCAGUUCUCGGCCUCCUUGCGCACAACAUCGAGAACAGAAUCGAUCAACUCAGCCCCCUCCGUGUAGUGCCCCUUGGCCCAGUUGUUGCCGGCGCCGGACUGGCCGAAGACGUAGUUGUCCGGCCUGAAGAUCUGGCCGAAAGGCCCCGAUCGGACGGAGUCCAUGGUUCCCGGCUCCAGAUCCAUGAGCACCGCCCGGGGGACGUACCUACCCCCGCUGGCCUCAUUGUAGUACACAUUGAUCCGAUCCACCUGCAGCUCGGAGUCGCCGGAGUACUUGCCGGUGGGAUCGAUCCCGUGCUCGUCGCAGAUCACCUCCCAGAACUUGGCCCCGAUCUGGUUCCCGCAUUGGCCCCCCUGGAUAUGAAGGAUCUCCCUCAUCUUCGGCUCGACUGUUACGGCCACCGUCUCCGGCGAGAAAGCGGCGGCGCCGGCGUAGCAGGGGCAGCGAGAUCGGCCGGUGCCGGCGAGUGA